CGCAAGCACCAUCCGUCUCGCUGGCUCCGACCCGGUCCUCGUUUUCUGCCACUGCUUCAUCGUCGUCACGGGCAACGGCCGCCGCAGCGAUGCUCUGCGUCACCGCCAACGUCUCUCCGCGGUCUAACUCCUUACGCGGUCUACUCCUUCCGCAGUUAAGCUGAACAAUUCUUUUUUGGCCUGCUGGCUUGCACAAGAUGGAAUGUAUUCCUCCGGUGAGUUUUUUUUUUUUUUUUUACUUUGCUUUUCGGCAGCGUUGCUAUCAUGACCAAGGCAUACCAAAAUGUUGAGAGGAAUGAACUGAUUUCGCUCCAGGAGAUCGCUAGCUGUAUGCAUCUUGCGGUAAGCUUUGCAGAGUUUUGGGCGUUCAUGCUUCAUUCGUGUCAGCGUAACCGCUUUUCUAUUGUUUCUGAUAUUUUAAACGUUAGCUAUCAAAUCUCGUAGGACACCAUUACUUGCCUUCGACAGUUUUCAACCAUCUUCUGGUUGGAAAACUUAGCCCAGUAACUAUCCGGUCUUAUUUGAUCCACUUCAUAUGUAGCAUAAGGAACAAGCUGCAUGCUUGAAUUAUUCUUGCAAAUAUUAGCAUGCAUGGUUAUUGUGAUUGUGACUAUCUAAAAGUAUCACAGUCCCUGACCUCGUAUGAGUGUCAUAGCAUAGUAUGAUUACCAUCUUGUGAUUGCAUUGGAAAGCAAUGCCACUGUAUCAUCCAUCUUUUGCACGGGCACACAACAGGCGACCGUUGAAAUAAAUCUUCCAGCCACAGCUCGCCUCGACGUGGGUCUUCCCAAACAGGUUGGCAGUUUUCAUGAAUGUAUUUAAAUGAUGUUAAUAAUUUAUGAUCAAGGUGGUGCCUUGGUGGGCAUGCCGCUUUCUGAAGCGACAGUUUAGGCGCAGCUCUGAGAUGAGAAGACUUUUGCUCACGGCCUCGGCCUUGGGCCUGCCUAAGCCUAACUGAGAUAAGCAAGCAAAGCCAACCAGCAGUGAGUGGUUGGUUGGCCGUUGGAGGCUACGGCGACCGUAUUAACCUUCUCCAGCAGAGCACACAGCCCAAGCAAGCAGAAGCAGCUUACGACCCACGGCGCAUACUGGCUGCCAGACGCAUGCAAUCGCCCCAGCUUCUAUAUAACGCCACACACCACUGCUGCCCAGCUAGCUGAGUACCAAGUGUGUGUGUGUGUGCGCGCUCUCUGUCACUUAUUGUGACUGACUGACCCACCGCCGACGUUCCAUUCCAGCCAUGGAGCUGCUCGCCCUGCUCACCGUACUGCUGCUCGCGCACACCGCGGCAUACCUGGCGUGGCAGGCCGUGUCACGCCGCCGCCGCGCGUGCUGCUACCUGCUGGACUACGCGUGCCACAAGCCCUCCGACGACCGCAAGGUGACCACCGAGACGGCGGGCGCCGUCAUCGAGCGCAACAAGCGGCUGGGCCUCUCCGAGUACCGCUUCCUCCUCAAGGUGAUCGUCAACUCCGGCAUCGGCGAGCACACCUACUGCCCGCGCAACGUGCUGCAGGGCCGGGAGGAGAGCCCCACCCACGGCGACGCGCUGGAGGAGAUGGACGAGUUCUUCGCCGACGCCGUGGCGGGGGUGCUCGCCAGGACGGGCGUGCGCGCGCGCGACGUCGACCUGGUGGUCCUCAACGUGGGCUCCUUCUCCCCGGCGCCGUCCCUGGUGUCCAGGCUCGUGCGCCGCUUCGGCAUGCGGGACGACGUGAUGGCGUACAACCUCUCCGGGAUGGGCUGCAGCGCGGGGCUCGUCGCCGUGGACCUCGCGCGCGGCGUGAUGCUGACGCGGCCGCGCACCAUGGCGCUCGUCGUCACCUCCGAGUCGUGCGCGCCCAACUGGUACGUCGGCACCGACAAGUCCAUGAUGCUCGGCAACUGCCUCUUCCGCUGCGGCGGCGCCGCGGCGCUGCUGACCAACGACCGGGCGUUCCGGGCGCGCGCCAAGAUGGAGCUGCGCUGCCUCGUGCGCGCCAACAUCGGCGCGCACGACGACGCGCACGCCGCCGCCGUGCACCGCGAGGACGCCGACGGCCGCCUCGGCGUCAGCCUCAGCAAGGCGCUGCCCAAGGCCGCCGUGCGCGCCUUCACCGAGAACCUGCAGCGCCUGGCGCCGCGGAUCCUGCCCGCCCGCGAGCUCGCGCGCUUCGCGUCCCGCCUCCUCCUCCGCAAGCUCCUGCCGGCGGGUACCCCGCGCAACAAGCACGCCGGCGGCAGCCCCAAGAUCGACUUCAAGGCCGGCGUGGACCACUUCUGCCUCCACCCCGGCGGGACGGCGGUGAUCGAGGCGGUCAGGAAGAGCCUGGGGCUCACCGCCCACGACGUGGAGCCGGCCAGGAUGACGCUGCACCGGUGGGGGAACACGUCCGCGAGCAGCCUCUGGUACGUGCUCUCCUACAUGGAGGCGAAGCGGAGGCUCAAGCGCGGGGACAGGGUGCUCAUGGUCACCUUCGGCUCCGGCUUCAAGUGCAACAGCUGCUACUGGGAGGUGACCAGGGACCUCGCCGACGCCGGCGCGUGGGAGGACUGCAUCGACCAGUACCCGCCGGAGACGCUCGUCAACCCCUACAUGGACAAGUUCGGAUGGGUUAACGACGUCCAGGGACAGGGGAGCGGCUUCGUAUUUUAAAUGUCUAUUUUUUUGGAAGAAAAAAAUAUAACAACUCCAUUAUUUAAUUAUUAAUUAACGCCACCAAAUAUCAUUAAUCCGACCAAGUUUCAUCAACAAAACUUAAAAUUCCUGAAUUAUAAAAAUACUUCUUUCUUUUUUUGCGACGAGACGAGAGACAGGCGAAGGUGGGUAAAAAGAAAAUGGACAAGUGUACGUACGUACGUGUAUAUGAAAUACAAAUGGCGAUCGAGCGAGUUCUCUUCUGUCUGGUAGUAUACAGGUAUAGUAAGUAUACUUGUAAUUUGUAAAUGUAUAGUAGAGCGUGCAUGAAAGAAAAAAAAUAUAUACAAAGUGUGCUAAAGUUUUGUGAAGGAACAUUUGUGCUGAA